CGUUCAUCAUACGAUCGUGUUGUUGCAGUGGAGCAAGUCGCUUUGGUUUAGUGUUUACAUUUUGCUGCUCAACUACAUACGAAAUAAUGAAAUAAUAUAACGUUAAGUUGUACCCAAUACUAUGAUGUGUUCGCACAGUUAAUUAUCUGUAAACAUUUACCUGUUCGUCGAGUUAUUAUCAACAGAAGUGCCUUAGACAAACAGAGCAUUUAAUCCGCAAACAGACCCAACAUGGGAUCAUCGAAGAAACACAAGGAAAAGGAGAAGGACCGGGAUCCUGAGGAGCGGCACCGUGAGCACAAGAAGCACAAACACAAGGACCGAGAUAAGGAGAAGGACCGGGACCGAGAGAAGAGAAAGAGAUCCCGCUCCAGAGAGAGGAGCAGCCGGGGAGCGGAGAAAGACCGAAGCGGCAAAUCCGAGAAGAGCAACGCGGAGCCAAGAGUCAAGAAGGAGAAGCUCGAUCCUGCUUUCGAGGACAACGCCGAGCCAGGUCCUAAAUCUGCAAGUGGUGAUGCUUCACUCAGCAUCGAAGAGACCAAUAAGCUGAGAGCCAAACUUGGUUUAAAACCCCUUGAUCUCAAUGAAAACAAGAAAGAGGCAGGAACUAAGGAGGAGCCCCUCGUGGCUGAGACCAUUAAUCCAGUCCAGCUCAAACAGCAGGCAGAGAUGCGAGAGAAACUGGCUGCUCUUAAAGAGAAGCGCCUGCUCAAUCAGAAACUGGGGAAGGUGAAGGUGCUUGGAGAUGAUGAGCCAUGGCUAGACGACACAGCAGCCUGGGUGGAGAGGAGUCGCAAACUCGCCAAAGAGAAGGAGAUGGCAGAGAAGAGGGCCAAGCUCCUCGAGGAGAUGGAUGAAGAGUUUGGUGUGAGCAAUCUAGUCGAGCAGGAGUUUGCACAGGAGAGGCGGCAAGCAUACAGUUCACAUGAUCUCAAAGGGCUCAAGGUUCAACACAAGGUGGAGUCUUUUGCAGAGGGGCAAACAGUUGUGUUAACUUUACAAGACAAAGGCGUUCUGGAGGAGGAGGAGGACGUGCUGGUCAAUGUGGGUCUGAUCGACAAAGAGAAAGCUGAGAAAAAUGUGGAGCUGAAGAAAAAGAAGCCCGAUUAUAAACCUUACGAAGAGGAGGAGAGUGUGGAUGACAUGAUCGUUUUUAAGCCAAAGUCUGUGCUGUCCAAGUAUGACGAGGAGAUCGAGGGGGAGAAGAAGAAGAGCUUCAGGCUGAGCUCUGGAGGUUUUGUUGGAGGUGAGAGAGAGCGAGAGCUGCAGGCCAUCAGAGAGAGUCUGCGUGAUCAGGCCCAGUCUCUGAGCACAUCUGCCCUCACCCUCGCCACUGAAUACUACACGCCACAGGAGAUGGUUGGCUUUAAGAAGACAAAACGUAAGGUCAAGAAAAUCAGAAAGAAGGAGAAAGUACUCAGGGCUGAUGAGCUCUUGGUUGACGACACUCGAAACUCAGAUUUCGGAUCCAGGUCUCGAGGUCGAGGUCGAAAAGCAGCAGAUGAUGAUGAGGAGGAGGAGGCAGUGCCUGGUAAUGUUUUUAUGGAAAACAUCAGCAAGUCCAGAGAUGUCCUCCAGCAGUCAGAUGACAUUAGAAUGGCCGAUAUGGACAUUAGUGAUGAGGAGGAUUUUGUCCCCCCAGAGCCGUCUGCUUUAGAAGAGGAUGAAGCUGAGCAAGAGCUCCAGAAACAGCUUGAGAAGCAGAGAUUACUUCGCCAAAAGCAGAUGCUUAAAGACUCUGGAGAAAGGGUGAUUGAGCGCCUGAAACAAGUGCGAGCGAGAGGAGACGAUGACAACGACCCGGACAAAAAGAACAACAUUGUCUUUAAUGCCACUUCUGAGUUUUGCCGCACUCUCGGAGACAUUCCCACCUACGGGCUGUCAGGCAACAGAGAGGACCAAGAAGAUAUUAUGGACUUUGAAAAGGACGACGAGAAAGAAGGAGGUGGACAGUCAGACUCUGAUAUGGAUGACAACGUGGGCUGGAGCACCGUCAACUUGGAUGAGGAGAAAAACCAGGCUGAUUUCUCAACAGCUUCUACCACUAUUUUGGACGAAGAGCCUAUUGUGAACUCUGGUCUCGCUGCUGCUUUGCUUUUGUGCAAAAAUAAAGGACUGCUGGAUACACAGAUGCAGAAGGUGGCUCGUGUUAAGACUCCAAAAGCAGCACUACCAAAUGAUAACUACUGCAUCGAAGACAAAAUGCAUAUUGAUGACAAGUACAGCCGUAGGGAGGAAUACAGAGGCUUCACUCAGGACUUCAAGGAAAAGGACAACUACAAGCCUGAUGUCAAGAUUGAAUACGUUGAUGAAUCGGGUCGUAAACUCUGCCCUAAAGAGGCUUUCAGGCAGCUUUCUCAUCGCUUUCAUGGGAAAGGCUCGGGCAAGAUGAAGACGGAGCGGAGGAUGAAAAAGCUUGAGGAAGAGGCGCUGCUGAAGAAGAUGAGCAGCAGUGACACUCCUCUGGGAACCGUCGCACUUCUGCAAGAAAAGCAGAAAUCACAGAAAACCCCUUACAUUGUGCUGAGUGGCAGUGGGAAGAGCAUGAACGCAAACACCAUCACAAAAUAAAUCUUUAUUCUGGAACAGAAGGACAGAAAAUCUCUCACUCAAAAUGCGCUCAUUUUAGCCAUCUCUUAAAUAAAGUCGCAACUGGUGAUGUAUAUACAGA